AUUGAAGGCAAGAUGGCGUCGCUCAAGUGUUGUUGUUCAUGUCAAAUGUUGUUUUAAUAGGCCGUUAUUUCCUAACCAAGCUCGUUUAUUCAGAACCUAACAUAAACUUCAUCUAUCAGUCUGUAGAAGAUGACAGGAAAUCACCUACCAUUUGUGCCUAUCCAAAAGAAUGGACCCUAGAGAAAUUUUAAAGAAAAUUAGACUCCUGCUUCAAUAAAGACAGUAAUUAUGAUACAGAAGAAAUGUUUGAAGAAAGUGAAAGUGAUAUGCAAGCUUUAGGAGCCACAGGCCAAAAUAGUGACUUGAGAUGAAAUCAUAUAAGUUUACGUUUCUGUUGAAAAUACCUGUUACACAUGCAUUCAAAAUACGAGUAUGUGUGAUGGAUCGAACUAGAAUAUUAGUGAAGUGAAUGUCAUUGAAGAAAUAAGUAAUCCAGAAAGAGCAAAAAAAGAUCAGAUAAACACAGCUCACCUAUCACUUGUGUGGGUUACCUCUCUGCCUAGGCCCAUAGUCAACCAACCUACAGCUACCAAGAGAGAAAGUUGAAGAAUUCCUACAGUAGCCAUCACCCUUGGGCUUCUGCAUUCCUUGCUCUCUUAGGAUUACUUUCCAUUGAAGAAGGAAAGGGACGAAGAUGGCAACAACACACACAGUGCGCACUGUGGGCAGCAUACCCUCUAAGUAUGUGCAGAGGAAGCGAAUGAGGAUGCGACCUACAACUGUGGGAUGCCAUCGAGUGGCUCUUAUACAUGGAGACCCAGAGCACAAGAUUGAUGAAUUCAUGCUGUACAGUGAUGAGGAUGAGGAAGAGGAGGAUAACGAUGCGGAAGAGGAAGAGAACUCAAGGGAUGGAGGAGGAUACAUUGCCUUAGGGGGCGUCCCUCACCAUCCUUCACACCACCACCACACAGUGCGGCGGAAACAGUCUUUUAUGCAGAAGUACCAACCACUGAGCCACAACUUUGCCGAUUAUGUCUUGACAAGAUCUCGGGGCUGCAGCCGGCAUGAGUACCAAAGCAUCAAUGAGGAGUUUGGCACAAGGCACAUGCUAACCACAGGCAUGUUUCGAGAGAGACCCAUUCCACUCAAUAGGAUAAACAAGGUUUUCUGCUCUCAGUGGCUGAGCGACCAUCAGAUCGCUAUGGGGACCAAGUGUAACAAGUUGAUGGUAUACGACGUGAAUACACGCCAGAUGGAUGUGAUCCCUUCACUGCGAAGCUCAGAGCCCCACCGUCCGCAGGAUCAACAGUGCGGGAUCCAUUCCAUUGAAAUCAAUCCCUCACGUACCCUCCUGGCUACUGGUGCACUAAACUCCAAUGACAUUGCUGUCUACCGCCUGCCAACACUUGAUCCAGUCUGUGUAGGUGAAAAGGCCCACUCAGACUGGAUCUUUGACAUGUGUUGGCUGGAUGACCAAUUUCUUGUGUCAGGCUCAAGGGACACACGGCUUGCCCUCUGGAAGAUUGAUGAUGACAUUGAUAUGAGCAACUCAAGCAAUCUUCCCAACUAUGGCCACAUCAAACCUGUGAAGAUCAAGAAGUGUAAUGGUGCAGAGAAAGUGCGAGCAGUCAUCUUCAACCCAAACUUUGUAGAGAUUGUGGCACUCUCGCUCAAUGCCUACCUCCACGUAUGGGACGCCAACCGUUUUGUACAGAAAAUGUCCCGCAAGCUCCCACAUGCUAUGGAGAAUGUUUGCCUCACUGUCAAAGAGGACAGUUCCCUCUAUGCAAUUGGGUCCAAGUCCCACACCACAUUGCUGGACCCUAGAACACUGCAUUAUGUUAAAAAGGUGAAUGCCAGAAUCACAGGUUGUGGUAUCCGGUCUGUGAGUUUCCAUGGUGACAUUCUGACCAUCGGCACCGGUGUGGGUGCGAUAAUGUUCUAUGAUAUGCGAGCUGGGAGGUACAUGGAAUCCACCAUGAAUAGCGGCCGAGCAGUAGUCCUGAAGAGCACGAAGGGUUGGGUGAGCGCAGAUGAACCCUACCACGACGUAUUUCAUAAUGUGGAAUACACACCAGCCAUAUACACACAUUGUUAUGAUUGGUCUGGCAUGAGGUUGUUUGCAGCAGGUGGCCCUUUGCCCGCCUCCCUCAAAGGCAACUAUGCUGCUCUUUGGUGCUAAAAGUUUACAGAUGAAAAUGGAAUAAAUGAAAAUAAAAGAUAUAUAAAUAAACUGGCAAAUCAGGAGGAGUUUUGUGCAAGUGCAUUUGUUUGUGUAUGUGAGCUUGUUAUCAUGUGCACAUACGCUGAUGAUUGCAAUGGAUGUGUUUGUCCUUCCAAAGUGCCAAUGUUUGAUAGAGAGAAGGACAUGAUUCAAAAAGUGCAUCAGUGUGAGGCAGGGUCAGAAGCACUUUGGCUGACAAGUGCAAUGAUUGAAAAACUUGGGUGGAAGGUCUACUCCACUAAUGUGAUGAUACUGAAAAAAAGGAAUGUAUCACCAGAGUCAUGAAGGAGUAUAUAGUGGGCAGGAAAUAGUGUCCAUGUGAGGUGUGUGUUGUAAUUUCUGAAAAGCUGUCAAGGAUACCAGGAAGGAGUUUUAGAAUAAAGUGUUAUACCAUGUACUUUGAUUGACUAAAUGCAUGUGGAAAGGUCUUGCACUGAGUCUUGUGUCUGUGCAUGAAGCAUUUUGUGUGCAUAUAAAUGAAAAGGAGGUUUCCAAAUGAUUUUAUUGUGUCCAAGACAAGUUAGUGAGGAAGCAUAAUGUUGAAGAACAUAUAGGAGGUACAAAUGAAAAGUUUUGUUGACAAGUCUGUAUUAGUCUGGUCUGUUCUGCUUCAUGAUUCUUUUAUUUUUACUCUAGAAUCUCUCUAAUUUUUGGUUUUUAUUUGUUCCUAAUUUUUAAACAAGAAAACCUGUCCAGACAAAGGGUGAAUUUCCUGCUCAAUUUUACUUUUUUCCUGUCCUAUGAUAUUGAUACUGAAAUA